AGGAUUUCUUAGAACUUCCAAAAAUUUGAAACCAUGAAAUACCUAUUAUUGCUAUUAUUAUGUGUUUUCUCAGUUAAGUCCCAAGGUGUUGAUGACUACGAAGAUGAGGGUGGGUUUGAUGCCCGUAGUCAUCGACCCAUUGACCGGAAGAGGGAAGAGCCUCCCAGUCUGAGACCUGCCCCACCUCCCAUUAGUUCAGGUGGCUAUCGGGCUCGUCCAGCCAAAGUAGUUGCCAACAAAAAGAAGACAGAGAAAAGAGCCCCUGAUGCUGGCGGCUGUCUCCAUGCUGAUCCAGACCUGGGAGUGUUGUGUCCUACUGGAUGUCAAUUACAAGAUGAUUUGCUAAAACAGGAAAGACCAAUCAAAAACAGUGUUGCUGAGUUACAUAACAAUGUGGGAUCUGUAUCCCAGACCUCUACUGCCACCUAUCAGUACAUGACUGUGCUAAAAGACAUGUGGAAAAAGAGGCAGGCCCAAAUGAAAGAUAAUGAAAACGUGAUAAAUGAGUACUCCUCAGUGCUGGAAAACCAGAGAAUAUAUAUAGAGGAGACUGUAAAUAGUAAUAUCCCAAUUAACCUUCGUGUGCUCCGCUCAAUCCUGGAAAACCUGAGAAGCAAAAUACAAAAAUUAGAAUCUGAUGUCUCAGCUCAAAUGGAAUACUGCCGCACUCCAUGCACUGUCAGCUGCAACAUUCCCGUGGUGUCUGGCAAAGAAUGUGAGGAGAUUAUCAGGAAAGGAGGUGAAACAUCUGAAAUGUAUCUCAUUCAGCCUGACAGCGCCAUCAAACCAUAUAAAGUAUACUGUGACAUGAACACAGAAAGCGGAGGCAAGUGGACAGUAAUACAGAACCGUCAAGAUGGUAGCGUUGACUUUGGCAGGAAAUGGGACCCAUACAAACAAGGAUUUGGAAAUAUUGCAACCAAUGCAGAUGGGAAAAAAUAUUGUGGCUUACCAGGUGAAUAUUGGCUUGGAAAUGAUAAAAUCAGUCAGCUGACCAAGAUGGGACCCACUGAACUUCUGAUUGAGAUGGAGGACUGGAAAGGAGACAAGGUCAAGGCACACUAUGGAGGAUUCACAGUGCAGAAUGAGGCCAACAAAUACCAAAUCUCCGUGAACAAGUACAAAGGAACAGCCGGCAAUGCUCUCAUGGACGGAGCUUCCCAGCUGGUGGGAGAAAACAGAACCAUGACUAUACACAAUGGCAUGUUCUUCAGCACCUAUGACAGAGACAAUGAUGGCUGGGUAACUGCAGAUCCAAGAAAACAGUGUUCUAAAGAGGAUGGUGGUGGAUGGUGGUAUAACAGAUGCCAUGCAGCCAAUCCAAAUGGUAGAUACUACUGGGGAGGACAAUACAGCUGGGACAUGGCCAAGCAUGGCACAGAUGAUGGCGUGGUGUGGAUGAAUUGGAAGGGGUCAUGGUACUCAAUGAAGAAAGUGUCUAUGAAGAUCAGGCCCUUCUUCCCACAGCAAUAG